ACUUUAUUUAAUGCUCUAAAUGGCAUUCUUUGGUAAAAAAUCCAGAUCCAGAAGGCCCAACUACCUCGCGUCUCCUCGGCUCUUCCUCAUCGCCUACGCUACGGAUCGUGGCAGCCAGAGCCACCAGCAAUGUCAGGCGGCGGCGGGCGGCGAGGAUGGAGCCCGUUCGACGCGAUCCGCAGCUUCCCGUCGACGCCCGAGUCGCUCAUGUCGCAGAUCGACGCGGCCAUCGCCUCCACGGAGUACGCUCGCGCCUGCGCCCUCCUCGACCCCGACCCCGCCUCCGCCUCCUCGCAGCCGCAGCCCACGCCCGGCGAGGGGGCCGCGGCCUCCCCUCCGGCCUGCUAUGACGAGAAGGUCGCGGACGAGGCGUACCGUGCGGCGUGCGCGGCGCUGGGGGCGGGGCGGCCGGACGCCGCCGUGCGGUCGCUGCGGGUGGCGCUGGCGAGCUGCCCGCCGGAGAAGACCGCGGCCGUCGCCAAGGUGAGGUCCAUGCUGGCCAUCGCGUCCGCCCAGCUGCACAAGCAGCAGCACCAGGCGCAGCUGAGCAGGAAGUGAGGCGCUGCUUCGCCCUCGCUGCGGGCUGCAGAUGCGAUUAGAUCUCGUCGAGACAUGAUUAGAUGCAUUGAUGUUUCAAGUUAAAUGCGUUCUGUUCUAAUUGCUCCGGCAGCAAAUUAUAGAAGGGGAACUUGCUGUGUAUCCGACUGCGAUCUGCUGCCAAUCUAGAUAGUCUCUGAGCUAGUUAUUGCCCACAAUCUAGAUAGUCUCUUGUGCAUAUUGUGUCAGAAUUACGUUGUUUUUACUGACUGCUGAGCUAAAAAGCUAACAUGAGGAAGCACAUGAGAACUAGCAAUCUAUCACACACUAUUGUGCCGCGCAUCA